AUGUUAAACAAAUUUUGGUCAAAUGAUCUCGCAAGAUUCAAAGCACUUAAGUCAUUUUAUUUGAAGAUUUGGUCAAGAUAUGAAAAAUGAAGACUUAGUGAUGUCAGAGCCUUAAUGCACUUGCAUGAAUAUCAGACUCGAGAAAAACUUCUCAAUUAUGACCCAAAUAAGAGCACAUACAAAUGGGUGCUGGUUGUGCAAGGUAAAAAAUAA